AUGGUGUUGGCAACUAUUCAUGUUUUAAUCUGUGGAACGGAUUUCCACAGAGUGGAGGGAGUACUUGGUGGUUGUGUGGAGAAUACCAAUUAUGCUUGGAACCGUCGCUAUGACAUUUCCUGUACUUCUGCUCCAAGAGUGGAUGAUGUCGAUAGUCGUCUUCUUUCGAUGUGUCAUUUGGUGGUUCUCACACGUGGGGCGGUAUGUCCACAAAGUGCCAAGAGUUUUAGGAAUAAACCAACUGUGUCAAUUGAAGGAACUCCAGAAAGUGUAUUGAGUAUGGUAAAAGAGUGUGACUUCUAUUAUGGUAUGCACACCAUUGCAAGUCUCCGAUCUGCAGUUGUAGAUAUAGGUCUUUCACCUCCGCAUGUAAUUUGGGAGAAGACGCUGAAAACGUUUACGCAAACGGGCGAUUUAGCACUACGACGUGCCUUUUGGCUUCUUGAUAAGGAUGAUGAUGGUAUGCUAAAUGAGGAAGAGCUUAUUGCAUGGCAAAGAUCUAUUACAUCGGCAUCUUUUUCUAAAAAUGAUCUUAUUGAAUUGUUUAAUAAUGGUACCUCACAUUCGGGUUACAUUUCAAUAGAUUAUGAACUCUUUCUAAAUAUGCAAAAAACAUAUCUCCUUGAAGGAGAUGUACGACGAGUAUGGGCGACAUUGCAUGUAACUGGAGUUCACCCUGAUGGAUUACCUUACUCUUGGAGAGAUAUUCAUGCGAUUCGUGUGAGUAAAGAGAGUAAUACUUAUCUUUCACAUAUUGCUAUUCAAUUUUUUCGAAAUUUGUACAAACUUCGUCGGUUUCACGAACUGGAUGACAUUUGGAGUGUUACCCCUGGUUGUCCAUGGAAACAUAUCAAUGGUUUUCUAACUAAGCGUAUACCAUUGGAUAAAUUUAUUGAGUACUGGAAAUAUAUGGGGUUGGUAAAACGAGAUGUAGUUGUUCAAUACGCUCGAUACUGGGGAUACAAAGGGGAUACAAGUCCAUUGUUUUUGUUACGACAUGCACGUCCAUUUCGUGAAAUGGGUGAAGUAGUUCCUAAUACGAUUCAAGUCCUUGUUGUUGGUUCCCCGGGUUGUGGAAGAAGAAGUCUAAUGUUCACUUUGACCGCUAAGGAUGAGGAGUUUUACGAAGAUGAGGGACCAGCUAGUAAUAUAUAUGUACGAACUACAACAUUCUUUGUAAGAAAUGGAAAUGAAGAAGUUCCACAAACGGUGGUUUAUGUUGCAGUGCCUCUUGAAGAAGUUUCACGUAUAAUGGAGAAUGAAACAUUGUCAAAACAGGUAGAUGUGGUACUUCUUUGCUACGAUGGAACUCAGGUGGAGGAAACCUCACUACCAAUUAUGCGCGUAUAUUUGGAGGCUAAAUCAUCACUACUACAUUCUUCUAAUUUGCCGUUUGUAGUUGUAAUGACAAAAGCUGAGGCUACUGUGGAAACAGAAAAAAAUGCAGAAGCAAACAAAAUAUUGGAAGAUUUUUGCCGACAGCAGCAACUCCUUUGGCCACCUGUGGUAACUAGCGUAGAAGAUCCUGAGGAGUCUGAGAUUGUGGCCCUCAAUGAAUAUAUGCAUGCUAUUGCAAAGGAACCAGAAAUUGCUAUCGCUAACCCGCCCCUAACGCCCACGCGCAUACUGAGGCGAGUUGUAAUCGUAACAACUUUUGCUGUAGCUUUGGGUGCCUUCACACGAUUUUUACUUCGACGAUUACGAAAGAAAUCUAACUAA